AUGGAACAAAACCACAACACUGCAGAAGAUACCUCUACCAAUGGGUUUCCUGUCUCUCCUUGCCAGUCAAAUCACUCCGAAAAUCCUGCAUCUGACAAAGCUGGCACCGCAUUACUUUUCUCUGGAAUCUUUUUGGGAGUUAUAGGAAUAACUUUCACUGUGAUUGGGUGGGUGAAAUAUGAAGAUGUCAUUCACUUUGAAUGGACUCGAUUGCUUGGACCCACUCUGCUUUUCAUGGGCGUGACAUUUCUGCUGAUAGUUGUGUGCAAAUUUGAAAUAUUCUCCUGCAACUCUUGCAACCAGAAUGAAGAAAGCCCAUAUAAUGGGCUUUACACUGGAAUUAGGCAGCCCACCAUUCUUCAUGGGGCUGCAAUGGUUCCUUACUUGCCUUCUCCAACCCACGAAAGGGUUGCUACCAAUUCAGCCAAUUUGCAGCAACUAUUGAGCCAUUCUGAGCCUGUCUCCACAUCAAUAAUUUCUGUUCUUAAUCAUCCUCAUUCUGAUAAUGUCACUUCCAUGGGCAGCUCAGCUUUUUCAGAAGAGAAUUAUUCUGCUUAUCUUACAGUGGACACCAUAAGUGAAAGGUCAACUAACAGUCUUGAGGAACCUGAAGAGAUAUUGGAUGAAGAUCUUUGGAAUGAUUCCUCACCUCCUCCUUAUGAGAAGCUAUUCCCACCUUUGCCAUAA